AUGGCUGGAUCACUUGUGGGUGAAGCUCUUCUCUCUGGUGUCUUCAAUGUGCUGUUGGACAGGUUAACCCCUAAACAGGCUGACUUGAUCAACUUCAUUUGUGGAAAGAAGCUCGAUAGCAAGUUACUUCAUCAUUUGAAGCCAUCCUUGAUUGCUGCAAGAGCUGUGCUCAAUGACGCAGAAUUGAAACAAUUUACGGAUCUUGAUGUGAAAGAUUGGCUAAACGAACUCAAAGAUGUUGUUUAUGACCUGGAAGACUUGAUGGAUGAACUUUUCACCAAAGCUGCUGCUCAGAAAAAGGUGCGCUAUUUCUCUUUUGCUUCUCUUAAUUUGCGUGAUACAAGCAUGGCAAAUAAGUUAGAAGCGAUCACUGACAGAAUUGAACAUAUUGUGAGACAAAGAGAUUACCUUAAAUUGGAGAAAAGUAGUGGAACAGAGACCAUGUCAAUGAGGCGUCAAGUUCCAUAUCGUGAAGCGGAAGUCUCUAAAGUGUAUGGAAGGAAGAAAGAAAAACAAGACAUAAUUAAGCUUAUGUUUGAUGAGGAUGGUGAUCAAUUGUCUGUAAUCCCAAUUGUGGGCAUGGGCGGAGUUGGAAAGACCACCUUAGUUUACUUACUAUAUAAGGAUAAUUAUGUACGGCAAAAAUUUGAUUAUACUGCUUGGGUAUGCGUUUCUGAGACAUUUGAUCUUUUGAGAAUAGGACAGACUAUAAUAAAAUUUAUCAGUCCUACUUUUGUCUGUGAUAAUAUGGAUUUACAUCUUCUUCAACGUCAUUUGGCAGAGAAGUUAGAAAGAAAGAGGUUUUUAGUUGUUCUGGACGACUACUGGAACGAAAACUAUACUGAUUGGGUUAAUUUGAAAAAUUUGCUUCACAAUGGAGUGGAAGGAUGUACAAUUCUUGUCACAACUCGCAUAGAGCAUGUGGCUUUGAUGGUUAAAACUAUCUCAUCAUUUUACCACCUAAAUGCCUUGUCUGACAAAGAUUGUUUGUCAAUUUUUGCUGCACAUGCUUUCAGUUUUAGAGAUUCUGUCGUGAAAUCAUGCUUAGAAAAAAUUGGAAAAGAUGUUGUUACCAAGUGUAAAGGAUUACCUUUAGCAGCAAAAGUACUUGGGGGGCUUUUUCGAUCAAAGUGUGACUUUGAUGACUGGAAUAAUAUAUUAGAAGAUGCCAUGUGGGAUUCAUUGGACAAUGAGAUCAUUCCAGCUUUAAAAACUGUUGAAAAUGCUUCUCAUAUUCUUUCAUCGAAUCUGAAGCACCUGCGAACGUUGUCACUUAGAGAACUAUCUACUUUAAAGACAGUUCCUGAGUCAAUUGGGAAAUUUGUCCACUUGCGCUAUUUAGAUCUAUCUGGCACAAGCAUUUAUUGCAGGUUUGCCCCACUCACUAUGCAAAUUAUACAAUCUACAAACGUUGAGGUUGAAUCAUUGCAGGUCUUUAGAGAUGCUACCAAGUGA